AUGUUCUAGUACGUUGAUUUCAAUUUAAUCCAUUUACCCUUUUUAUUUAACAAGAACACAGAACAGUAUUUUAUUUAAUUAAACUAUAGGAUUGCAAGUAAUCAAACUUGUUCGUUAUCAGAUAACACAAAAUGUAUUAAACAACCUCAGUCAAGUUUCAAGAUCAACAAUCAAGAUAAUAGUCAAAGCUUUAUCAAUUGUCAAUGUCAAAGUUCGGUUGUGCUGUGGUUGGGGAUGGAAUAGUCUCAGACAGGAAAAUACCAUAGUUAUCAAAUGCAGGUUAUAACUUCUUGUCAAAAAUAAAACUAGGAGAUUGUUAAUACUACUAUUUCCUUAUUGGGACACUGGAAAGAGUGUUAGUUUUCAAUAAAAUAUUAACUACUUGCAGUGUUUUUCACAACCAUAAGCUUUUUAAGACUUUGCAGUCUUGGACAAAAAUAAUGAUUUCACAGUAAAUAAAUUUAGCUGCAGCAAGAGUCUUCAUUUAGAUGAAAAUGUUUUAUACAUUUCUGUUGUUUACACUUUAGUUAGUUUUUUAGUAGAAGCCUCCAUUUAUCCAGAAAGGUUAGUAUUUUUCUAAAGAUGGCAUAUAUAAUGAGACAUUUGAUAUAAAACAAUUUUUUGUAAGAAAACAUUUAGUGCCAAUGAAAUUUUGUUGAAACAUUUGAAUAAAACUAUUCAAUUAACAUUAUAAUAACAAUUAACUAAAGUCGGCACUUGUUUCGGAAUGCUUCAUGCUAUUACAUAAUAAUUUAGACUACUAUCUAUAAUAUACAACAUGAGAUAAUGGUAUUCAUAUUCUGUUUAAAGGUGACUACACCAAACUGUACGACUGCUGUGGCCGUUAUGAUCGCUGCACCACUGCCAAAUAUCAUGUCCCUGUUGAGUAUGAGUAUUACAAAUCUGCAAGGGUUUGUGGAGACCCUACCACCACAGGGACCAGAGCCUGAGGAGGGGUGGGGCAUAUUUUCUUUAGAUUGUGAAAUGUACUACUCAUCUGAAGGCUUAGAGCUUGGCAAGGUUACAGUGGUCAAUGCUGAACACAGGGUUGUAUUUGACACGUGUGUCAGACCUGAGAGGCCCAUCGCGGACUGCAUUACAAGGGUAAGUGGACUAACUGAGGCCCUAAUGAAGAGCAGAGUUACUAUGGGACAGGUCCAGAAUACACUACUGGGACUGUUCAACAGUAACACUAUUCUUGUUGGGCAUAGUCUCGAAAAUGACCUGAAAGCCUUAAAGGUAGGUUGGGAAAUUUUGUUUUGUGGUUGUAAGUAAUAGUGGGCAUUAUUUAACGUAAUAGGGUAAACAACAGUGUUGCCGUGCAGCCACAGUGGUCACUACGAGACAGUCUCUGUAUUUUGGCAACAGGAUGACUUUGAAUCCAUUUGUUUCGGCCGCAAAACUUGAAACUCGUUAGCUGUUAUUAUAAUAAAUGACAAGAGUUGUGUGACCAUCAUUAUGUAAUUACCAAAAAUUUUUCUACAGCUCGACAAUAGAAGCUUGUUUGUAAGUUUUAUGUAGCAGCAGUGUAAUUUAUAUUUAGUUCACACAAUAAAUUGUUAAGUUUGACAACUUUUGUGUUCUAUGUUCUUGUGUGUUCUAUAGUUGUGUAAAGUUAUUAUUUGUGUAUUUGUUAUACCAUACAUAAAUAUUAAGUACUGCAUAACAAUUAUAAAACCGAAAUAAAUUUUAGUUUUAUUUCUUACUAAUUAACUAUUGUAGUAAACACAGCAAAACCAUAUUAUUAGUUUUAGCUGUAUAUUUAAUUCUCAACGAUAACUAUACUAUAUGAAUGAUUAAUCAGUCAUAUAAUAAAACCACAGUCAAGAGCUGUAUUACAUAUUUGCACUGCUUUAUUGGUCCAAUAGCAUUGUCUCUUAUGAAUUGUAAUUUGUUAAUAAUUAUUAUAAUCAUAAAAAAAUGUAAUUAAUAAUGUGAGAUUAAGUUUGUUCUUAAUUAUACCAAUAUAUAAUUGGUAUAUAUAUAUAUAUAUAUA